AUGGGUUGGACCCAUCUUCUGUUGGCCCUUGUGGCCACAGCUUCUGCCCUACCUUCUUUAAAAGAGGGCAAUGUCUGUCAAUCUGAACGCCAUGUGAUUGAUGAUAUUUCUUGGGAUUGGGAGGCCCAGCUAUACUGCAGUAGUGUACUGCAUAUUCCAACCCACACAACUACUGUCACGAAAACAUGGACUCCACCGCCCAGAAUUGUUACGACUACUGUCUCCAAAACAGGCACCCACACUGUCCUUGCUACCCACCUUGUCACUGAAAUAAUCACCGACCGACGGACCGAGACCACUACAGACCACUCUACCCUGUCAACUACUGAUACCAUUGAUACCACACUGGCAACAACCAUAAUAAAUGAUGUGUUUCAGACUGACACUGCUACCAUCAUCGAUACGUCGACUGCUACAAUCACCCAAAUUUUGACUUCAACCGAUUUGGAUGUGGUUACAGCUACCUCUACCGCAGGAUUUGAACAAAUCUUUGGGCGAUCUCCUGGGCAUCCACCGGAACGGCCCGUUCCCUGGGCUCUUCGGGGACUUGGGAGCAAUGUUGUCACAGCCGUCUGCUCUUGUUUACACCUGCCAACGCCCACGAUCACUCAUGCUAUAACCAAAACUGCCGUCAAACCUACUAUAACCGAGACUUCGACUGUUCACAAAACCGCCACUAUUACUGAUAACAUUCUGUCAACGGUUCGCACCACAAAAGACAUUACGGAUAUUGUGACGUUGGAUGAGACCACUACAAAUACAAUCCUGAGAACGGUCGACUUCAUCGAGACCAUCACGGCAGAGUCCAUUGUGCAGUCCACGAUCGAUUUCACCACUGAUGUAACGGACACUGUGACUGCCACUUCCGUGAAUUAUGUGACUCUUUCAUCUACAACUUUUGAUCUUAUCACCGCCACUGCCACAGUCACAUCUGCUUCAUACGUUGUCACAACAACUUCCAAUUCCAAUUACGGUGGCGGUACAGUCUCUUCAUUCGCAGGUCCAAUUACUCUCAGCACCGCCCCAACAGCUACCUUGACUCCCAUUGAUCCUCCUGGUGUCAACAUGGGCGGCACUGGUGUUCUGACUCCCACUGGGCUUGCUCAAGUGUGGUACAGUGCAGAUGAUAGUACCUCCUCUGACUCCAGCACUGCGUAUCCUUACGUGCGCUUGAACCUUACCUUUGCGUAUGACUCCAUUGUGCUAGAUCAAUCGAUCUACAUUGAGGAUAUCGUCUGCGUCGACAACUCGUUGUCGGGAAGUUUCAGCAAUUCGGCGGCAUAUGUCUAUGCUGAAGGUGCUUGGCCCACUGAUUCCGAGGUGAUCCUCGUCACGGCCGCGUCUAGCUGUAGUUCCGAUGGCCAGAGUAUCUACUUCCUGUCUACUUCAAUUGUCUUUGAUGAUUCGACAGAUUCAUUUGUGGCUUCUGGUACCAUCGAAUCAAUUUCAGAUGUUGUGGAAACCGUUGGAAUGGAUUUUGGCUCAAUUGACUACACAGAGGAUGAUUCCAAUUCUACUACCACUUCCUCUUCAUCAUCUCUAGGCUGCACCUCGCCAGACUCGUCAUAUAUUGAUGGUCUUCCAGCAGUCUCCUGUGGAAGUGACUUCGACGAGAAUCUGGAUGAUCUGCUUGGCUACUACUCUGUUGCAACUGAUGCUGAUACCGAUGCUACUCUGCUUGCUCUUGCUCCUGGUUCAGCGAGCACGAACUCCCGAAAGAUGCGUCGAUCCAUCUUUAGCAAAAUCAAGGCUGCCAUUAAGAAGGUCGCUGCGGUAGUCAAGACUGUUGCUAAGGCCGUCGUUACCAAAGUGACUACGGUCGCAAAGGCUGUAGUCACUACAGCUGUUGCAUCUGUAGCAUCAGUUGUGAAGUCAGUUGCAAGUACAGUGGCUACCAUUGCGAAAACGGUGGUGGCGCUCGCAACUUUUGUCGUGACUGGCAACUACCAGCAAACCUUCAACUUCCCACUGAGCAUUGGGCCUCCAUCCUCGCUCUUGACCGAGUCCCCUUGGGGUGAUGGGUUUAAGUUCUAUACUCUGACCCUUGAUGAUGAUGAUGACUCCCACUAUUCGUUGGAUGAAAACGUCCUGGAAAAGAUCACGGAAGAGCUUAUUGGAGAUGCGGAUCCCGAGCCUGGUAUUGAACUCUGGUGUGUUAACUGUGGCGUGAGCGGUGACUUCAAAGUGACUGGUUCAUUCUCGGCCAGCAUUACCUCUGGAAUUACCAAAGGUCAACUCUCCUUAACGGGAAAUAUGUACGCCGGAUUGUUCAUUGGCCUCGAUGCCUUUGCUGAAUAUGAUUUGCUCACCGAGCACGAUCUUUUCACUGUCGGUCUGCCCGGCUUUUCAAUUCCUGACAUUGUCACAUUGGGUCCUAGCUUGGCCCUUGGUGUGUCUGCUGAGCUUGAUAUUCAAGCCGAGGGUCAAUAUCUCGUUGGGGCUGGGUUGAUCUGGUCCGAUAUCUCUGCCAUGCUCGAUUUGAUUGACCACUCUCAAUCUACUCACUCUGGUUUCACACCCACCCACAAUUACUCUGCAAGCUUCGACGGGGAUGUUACUAUUACUUCCACUUUGGGUCUUCCUGUGACCUUAGCAUUUGGUCUCAAUAUUUUGAAUGGAAAGUGGGAGAAGGAAGCAAAAUUGGUUGAUACUCCAGGAAUCUCUGCUACUGCUGAGUACGAUGAUGAUCUGUCCUACACAAAUGGAGAGGCAGACGUCACUCCUGCCGAUGGAUGCUACGGCAUCACUUGGGACCUGGCCUUGGUUAACAAUGUCGUUCUUGAUCUUUCCGCAUUUGAUGCGGGCACAUAUACGCUGGACUCGUACACAUUGGCUGAUCUGGCCAAUGGGUGUAUUGGAGAUGCUGUUUCAACAACCACAUCAGCAAUAACGACUACAGCAACAACGACUACAGCUACAACGACUACAGCUACAGCCGUGGCCACACCAACCUCGGUUACAAUGGAAUACUUCAUUUACGGAGACUCUGACCAGACUAGCAUUGCCAAGACGAAGUUUGUCAUCGGUAAUGACAUUCUUAUCACUCUUCCAGAGCUCGAAGCGUUCUUCACCAAUUCAUGGGCCGGUACGUCGAAGGCUUCGGACGAGAGAUCUAUCGUCAUGCUCUUCGAGUAUGGCACUGACCUUCGCGUAUUUGUGUCUGCAAUGCUUGCCCGUGCAGAAUACUUGAUCGUUCCUGGUGCUCUCAGUCUAUCUCCAUACACCUACGAAGCGACCACAUACACCAAACCAGCAGACGCUGAAAUCACGAUUGUCUCCAUUGUUUGGGGCAUCGGUGUGAUAACAAAUGAGACAGUCUAUGAUGCAGUCUACAGCGCCGCCGCAGCGGGAGAGUCAUUCGAAUUCUCCAACACAUUUUUCGGAGAGGACCUUUGGUAUGGCUAUGUAAAGACUGGUGUCAUCUUUUACCGCGACUCGUCUGGCAACUUGCAACACCUUACUGGCGAUGAGAACACCUACCAAGCCUUCCCCACCUCAGUCACUAAGAAGAGAGCAGUUGAUGUGUCGGAUUUGACGGAUAAGCGUGCGUACAGCACUCUUGUCUCCAGAUCCAAGACGAUUCCGGUCAGCGUCCCUCAACAGAAGAAGCGUUCUCCGACCGGGAAAUUUGGCCCUUACGGUCGUCAUUUCUUCUCUUCCCGGUCUGACAAUGCAACAGUGGUAUCAAACUCCACUAUUGAUGACACUACUGGCGUUAUGACUAUCACUGACACCACUGGUACACUCUACUUGAAUCCCUCUAUCAAUGGAAGCUUGUUCGUCUCCAUUGUCAGCGACAGCACCAAUCUCACCAGCUUGACCGACGGAAUCCAGUUUGCCGCCGAUCUUACUGAAGGUCUUGUCAUCGGAGACUCGGCCUCUCGUCUACUUUACUACUUUCCCGAUAGUAUGACUUCUGUUGGGGCGUCACGGCUGCGUCUUGGAGCUUGGGGCGAGAUUCCCCUGACAGCCAACCUCAUUAGUUUGGUUCCGAUGUCCACGGGAGCUGAGGACAUUCUUGUCGCGAUUGAUACCCUUGGGAAUUACUACUUCCCCUUCGUGUGCGGAAUCCAGGAUCAAUUAAACAAGGUUUUCCUUGUUGAGGAUCCUGAUACUGGUGCGAGUGUCCUCGAGGGUUCUGAUCUGACAUACACUGUUGUGGGUGGUGUGGCAUCUGAUUGUGCUCCACUGGCUUUGGUGGCGGAGGGGUUGUAA